UGGGAAGAGGUUGUACAAGGGAACAACCACCUGCUCCUCCUCCAUCUGACUGAACUGCCUCUCAACAGAAAAAAAAUACUGCUCUGAGCUGUAUCCAAAUAGUGUCCAACUGCCAUUGUGCCUCUAAACUUGGAUCAGUGACUAGAGACAGGAUGGCCAACUCAACAUUGGAAAUAGUGGGACUUUUAUUGUCCCUGAUUGGUCUGAUUGGAGCAGCUGCAAGCACCGGAAUGCCAAUGUGGCGGGUCACAGCCUUCAUUGGGGAGAAUAUCAUCGUGUUUGAGACUCGCUACGAGGGUUUGUGGAUGAACUGCUAUCGCCAAGCUAACAUACGGAUGCAGUGUAAAGUCUACGACUCUCUGCUGGCUCUUCCCCAAGACCUGCAGGCUGCAAGAGGGUUAAUGUGUUGCUCUCUGGCUCUGGGUGCCAUUGGUCUGCUGAUCAGUUUGGUCGGGAUGCAGUGCACAGCGUGCAUCAGGAACAACGAUCGAGCCAAGAGAUUGGUCCUCAUCAUUGCAGGAACCAUGAUUUUAAUGGCUUGCAUUUGUGACCUUAUUCCUGUGUCCUGGACAGGCCACGUCAUCAUUCAGGACUUCUACAACCCGUUGCUGAUCGAUGCCCAGCGCAGGGAGCUCGGAGAAGCUCUCUAUAUUGGUUGGGUGGCAGGUGCUUUCUUGUUUGCUGGAGGGUGCAUUUUCAUCUGCUGUAAUAUACAGUCUGAAGACGAAAAACCAGAGAAGUACACGUACUUAAAAACCUCAGGGUACAGGCCCUACACCCCACAGCCACCACUCCAGCCUCUGCCUCAGCAGCUGGUGUUUAUCCCUCGAUCCGAACCUCACUCAAUGCUGUCAAGACAUCAGUCAACCAUCUACAGUUCUGAAUCUAGUUACCCCUCUGUCCACAGUGGAGUUGCUUAUCUGUGAACCCUUAAAAUAUCUAUUUUUUUUUUUUUCCUGGCAUGGUGGUACAAGGUAAAAACACUUAAUUUAAAUUCUUAAUUAGAGGUGAAAUCUCAAUACAUUUUAUGUACUCAUUUAACUGUAUUUUUUUUGUAAAAAACAAACAAAA